AUGGCAACCAUGAAGGCUUUAGUUGUAACGCCGAGAGACAAACUACUAUACACGGCAAACCCUGUCGCUACCCAGGAUCGCCGUAUAAUCGGAAGCGACUUUACGGGUGUUAUCACGAAAGUUAGCACAGAUGUCGAGAAGCUAGAUGAUCCUCGUACUCAAGUCGGCACGCGCGUUGCGAGCUUUGUCCAAGGCGCCUGUUCGGUCAACGAGCGUGCGGGUGCAUUUGCGCAAUAUGUUUGCGUUGAGUGGGACCUCGCGUGGCAUGUUCCUGACGACAUGCCGCUCGAAGAAGCCGCCAGUAUCAGCAUGUGCGGCCUCACUGCGGCCCAAGGGCUUUUCAGCAGACUUAAAAUCCCGUGCCCCUUUUCUAAGACAGAAGGCUUCGACCGGCUCAACCUCAGGUCUGGAGAAGAAGUGAAUUUUCUCAUUUACGGAGCGACUGCAUCUCUAGGCCUUUUUGCGGCACAACUUGUCCGAUUGAGCGAACAAGUCUCAGGCACAAAGAUUCGUCUAAUUGGGCUAGCUAGCGCAUCAAAUCACGAUUUGUUGCGAGAAGAGCCCUACAAAUUCGAUGUUCUUAUUGACUACCACGAUGCCGAUUGGCCCGAACAAGUUCGAAAAUUGACAGAAUCAUCUGGCGGUGUUCAUUACGCCGUCGAUACCAUCUCUAUUUCGCCAUCUGUUGAACAAGUCGAAUCGACUCUAGCCCCUGACGGCCGUUUUGCAGUAUAUCGAAGUCCGGCCCUCGGGAAGUUUGACAUCAACAAGCUGCACCACAAGCCUAUGAUUGGCGCAGUGUGGGAGGGUCUAGGCGUGGAGAUUGGUUAUCAAGGUGCUAGCAUUCCAGCAAACCCAGAGGCACGUAGAUUUGCUGCCGAGUUUUUUGCGUUUCUUGGUUCGGAAGGCUCGCAAAGAAAGGCGAAGUUGGCAGGCAACCCAAUCCGCCAGAUGCCUGGUGGCCUCGAGAAGAUUGCUGAAGGUCUCGCGCUCGUAUCUCCAAACAAGAUGCCUGAGGUUCGUCCGAUUAGUGCGGAAAAGGCUGUCUACACCAUUGUGUAA